AUGGCGGCGAAGAGAAAGGCCUCGGCCAUGGCGGCCACAGUCUCGGACGAACCGGUUGACCCUGCGGACGAGCUGAUGUUUCUUUGCCUAGGAGGUGGAAACGAAGUCGGCAGAUCAUGUCAUAUCAUCCAAUACAAAGGAAAGACGGUCAUGCUCGAUGCUGGUCAACACCCGGCUUACGAAGGUCUUGCGGGGCUUCCUUUCUUCGACGACUUCGAUCUUAGCACCGUCGACGUACUCCUGAUCAGCCAUUUUCACGUCGACCACGCGGCUUCAUUACCAUAUGUCUUGUCCAAGACCAACUUCAGAGGACGGGUCUUCAUGACCCAUCCCACCAAAGCUAUUUACAAAUGGCUCAUUCAAGACAGUGUUCGUGUUGGAAACACUUCGUCCAACCCGACGUCUCAACCAGUCUACACAGAAGCAGACCACCUGAAUACAUUUCCUCAAAUUGAGGCUAUCGACUACCACACGACACACACCAUCUCCUCCAUCCGCAUCACACCCUAUCCCGCCGGCCAUGUUCUCGGAGCCGCCAUGUUUCUCAUUGAGAUCGCCGGUCUUAAGAUCUUCUUCACCGGAGACUACUCUCGUGAGCAGGACAGACAUCUGGUUUCCGCCGAAGUUCCCAAGGGCGUCAAGAUCGACGUUCUCAUCACCGAGUCAACCUACGGCAUUGCCUCACAUGUGCCCCGACUCGAGCGAGAACAGGCUCUGAUGAAGUCCAUCACCAGCAUCCUUAACCGUGGCGGCAGGGUCCUAAUGCCCGUCUUCGCUCUCGGAAGAGCCCAGGAGUUGCUCCUGAUCUUGGAUGAGUAUUGGGGCAAGCACGCCGAGUUCCAAAAGUUCCCCAUUUACUAUGCCAGUAACCUCGCCCGCAAGUGUAUGGUCGUCUAUCAAACUUACGUCGGCGCUAUGAAUGACAACAUCAAGCGCCUCUUCCGCGAGCGCAUGGCCGAGGCCGAGGCUUCGGGCGACGGCUCCGGCAAGGGUGGCCCCUGGGACUUCAAGUACAUCCGCUCCCUCAAAAACCUCGAUCGCUUCGACGACGUUGGCGGCUGCGUCAUGCUGGCCAGCCCUGGUAUGUUGCAGAACGGCGUCAGCCGUGAGCUGCUUGAGCGCUGGGCCCCCAACGACAAGAACGGCGUCAUUAUCACCGGUUACAGUGUCGAGGGCACCAUGGCAAAACAGAUCAUGCAGGAGCCUGACCAGAUCCAGGCCGUCAUGAGCCGCACGACGGCCGGCGCCCGGCGCGGGCCCGGCGGCGAGAGCGAGAAGGUCUUCAUCCCGCGUCGGUGCAGCGUCGCCGAGUACUCCUUUGCCGCCCACGUCGACGGCACGGAGAACCGCGAAUUCAUCGAGGAAGUCGCGGCACCCGUGGUGAUCCUCGUCCACGGCGAACAGCACAACAUGAUGCGUCUCAAAUCCAAGCUCCUCUCUCUCAAUGCUGGCAAGACCCAAAAGGUCAAGGUUUUCAGCCCCAAAAACUGCGAGGAGCUCCGCAUCCCCUUCAAGCAGGACAAGACGGCCAAGGUCGUCGGCAAGCUUGCUACCAUCCCUCCCCCGACCUCCCUGUCUUCGCCUACGCAGCAACAGCAACUCGUCACAGGUGUCCUCGUCCAGAACGACUUCAAACUCUCCCUCAUGGCCCCCGAGGACCUGCGCGAGUACGCCGGCCUCAACACCACGACAAUCACCUGCAAGCAGCGCCUCCGCCUCACGGCCGCCGGCGUCGAUCUCGUCCGCUGGGGUCUCGAGGGCGUGUUUGGCAGCGUCGAGGAGCUCCCCGAGAUGCGCAAGGCCCCGGGUGGAAAGGACGGCACGGUCGCCAACGGCAACGGGACCAAGACUGAGGACGGUGAGGACCAGGAGAUGCAGGAUGAGCAUCAGCAGCAGGAAGAUGCCGACGAGGAGGUCGCCCAUCCAGUGGCGGCGUACCUUGUCAUGGGCUGCGUCGCCGUGCGGUACCGCAGCGACGGCGAGGUCGAGCUGGAGUGGGAAGGCAACAUGCUCAACGACGGCAUCGCCGACGCCGUCAUGGCCUGCCUCUUUUCCAUCGAGAGCAGUCCCGCAGCCGUCAAACGCUCCGCAAGCUCCCACACCCACGACCACUCCCCUCCCCCGCUCCCCAAGAACCCCCAUGCAAACGUCUCGGCCCCGGAGCGCCUCGAGCGCUUCCUCAUGUUCCUGGAGGCCCAGUUUGGCGCCGACAAUGUCAACCCUGUCGCCGAGCCGCGCCUCCCGUCGCAGGGCGAGGGAGGUGCUGCCGAAGACGGCACGGCCAUUAAGGCGAUCAAGGCCGACGGCGACGACGCCUCCAUGGAUGUCUCGGAAGACGACACUCAGCAGGAAAAGAAGUUGGCCGCGCGUCGCCAGGCCGAGAUUGAGCGCCUGCACAAGAUUGGCAUCCCUGUGCCCGGCAUCCGCAUCAAGGUCGACAAGAUGGAGGCCGUUGUUUGGUUGGAGGAUCUGGAGGUCGAGUGCAGCCACAAGGCAUUCGCUGACCGCGUUAGACGCGUAUGCGAGCAUGCUGCUGAGGUGACGGCUCCGCUUUGGGGAUAA